AUGACUAAUUUUUGUCGCAGAAAGUUUGCUGCAGUGAACCGUGUUCACAAAAAAGGAAUUGGCACACUAUCAUGGAAAGGAAAUAUACUAGAAAAUUCCCUAAAAUUUAUACAGAAAAAUGUAGAGUUCGUUAGAAUUCAUGGACCAACAGCGGAUGAGAUAUCUAAAGAUCUGAACUUGGAAAAUAAAACGUGCCUAAUUACUGGCGCAAACAGUGGAAUUGGCCUCGAGGUUACAAAGUGUUUAAGUUCUCGCGGCUGCAAUGUUCUAAUGGCGUGCCGGAAUACUUACGCUGCAAAUCUCGUCAUGAAGAAUAUAAAAUGUGAAAGGAACAAUCAAAUAAGUGUCUUCGAAAUCAAUCUUAAUUCAUUGUCAUCUGUUAAAAAAUGUUCGGAAAACAUACGGAAACAGCAUAAUAAAAUAGAUAUAGUUAUUUUAAAUGCUGCUGUAUUUGGAAUACCAUGGACACUAACGGAAGAUUGUUUGGAAACCACUUUUCAAGUUAAUUAUCUGAGCCAAUACUAUCUACUGAUGAGUAUUGAAAAAAUUCUAGCACCUGAUGCACGAGUCGUAUUCACCUCUUCAGAAUCUCACAGGAAUAUAAACUGGAACAUGAACAAAAUAUUAUCGCCAACUCUUGAACAGCUCUCGAUUCCAAAACAUGAAUAUACGUCUAUAAAAGCGUACAAUGUAUCUAAAGUGUGUUGUCUACUGGCAAUGCACUACUUGGGUUAUCGCUGGCUGAAUUCUGGUAAAACAGUUUUUUGCGCGAAUCCCGGUUCUUUUAUCAAAACAGGAUUGUGUCGCAAUUGGUGGGUUUAUGAAGCUCUCUACACAUCAAUGUUGCCGUUUUCUAAAACCAUUCGACAAGCGGCCAGCACAAUAAUUUAUUGCGCUACUUCUCCGGAGCUGAAUAAAUUGUCAGCACUGUAUUUCAAUGAUUGCCGACGCUGCGACGAAAGCGACAUUGCCAGGGACACUCAUUUGUCAUUUAGAGUAAAUGAUUUAACUAGAGACCUUCUCCGCGAACGGAUUCCUGACUUCAACGAUACUUUCCGAACCAUCGAGUAUCGUGAUAAUGUUAAUAGUGAAGAACAAGUUAAGGAAAUCAUUGCACACAAUCACAGUUCCCUUAUAUCUAAUUAA